AUGACGGAUUCAGAAGACUUUGAUGUACAAAUACUGGAAAAUGUUCCAGAAUACUCAGAAGAAGUUGUUAAAUUCAACUUGAAACACUGCACGACCAAGUCAUGGGAGGUGCGAUCCUGUGUCUUGGACCCGCGCCUGUUUGGGCAAAAUGUGGCAAGGCCUCGCAGGUACUUCAUUUGCUGGAGGCCUGACAAGGUCGAGUGGGUGGCCCCAUUCUCUUUUGAGGAUGUGGUCAUGGCUUUGAGGAGUUGCCCCACCAUUGAUCCACUGAAAUACUUUUGGAAGAAGUUGCCACCGUCAACCUUAUCUCCAGCUCAGGAAGCAAAUAGGUCUGACUAUGACCAAUCCAAGCGGUUCUUUGACCUGCAGCAGUAUGCCAAGAAUGAGCGGGGGCGCACUGAAACCAAAGAUGGUGCCCUCAUGACACUAACUACAAACAGCGGAUCCAUCUACAGCCAGGAGACAGAGCUACGUCGCAAGCUUGACCCACAUGAAGCGUUGGCCACACAUCUACUUCCUAUGACUCAGAAGAUGGCGAAACUCUCAGGUGGUCUGGAACCCAACCUCCUGAAUCCACGUGUUCCCAGCACAGCUGUUACAAAAAUGGCAGGGAAUUGCAUGAACCUGCCAUCUGUGGCAGCUACUAUUUUGACAAGUGCCAUUUGCUUGGCGCCGAAGAGCAUGCAGUUCAAUCCCAUGAAGGAUGAGCACCCAGUGAAGUUUGUCGUGGACCAGCUCACUGACCAUUCCAUCUACACUCCUCUCAGUGAGUGGGUGAGAGGUUUGAUUCCUGGGACUGCAGCUACCAUCAAUGUGAUCUACAUUUGCUUGGAACGUCCAGAGCACUACCUCUUUCGCAGGAUGCAGCAAAAUGAGCAGGCAGCUCUCAAGCAGCAACGCAACGCUCUUCAGAAGACUGCAGUCUUUCAUGCACGGGCUUUGGCAAUGCAGGCAGAAAACCCAGAGAUCGUCUACAAAGAGGCCUUCUUGAAAGCCUGUGAGGAGUACAACGCUUUUGGCACUGCAGUUAGCAACAGGAAGCUGAGGAUAGAGAACACCAUGGCCUUGAAGCUCUAUGGACUGAAGGACCAUGUGGGCCUUGCACCUCAGAACUGGGCGAUGAUCGAGCGGCAUUUGCACGUGUAUCGCAUCGAGCGCUCAGCCUUUGGCCGUGAGCACCUUCUCACUGAACGCUGGCUUUUGGGGUCCAAUACUCCUGGUGCUGACGGUGUCUUUUACCAGAUUCUGGAGAUGACCCAGGAGAAACAAACUCUAUUCUUGGAUCGAGUUUUCUUUCUUCAUGAUUUGGCCAUUUCAAGAUCUUCGCCCCAGUCAACCUCCACGAUUCGCUUGAGUCAAGAGCGAUGGCAUCAAGAGAUUGACCAAUGCUGUCUGGCAUCGUACAUCAUGGAAGCCAUGAACAUUAUGAAGAAGGAUGAUGGCAGCCAGCUCUUCAAGAAGGAUGAUGUCAAGAAACUUCGAGGGAGGGAUUUCAUGGACGACUUGCAAGUGACUCUGGCCUCUGCAGAUCCUGCAUUCGAGCCGUGCCAGACCUCUAUGUGGCAGGAGUUUAGCCCUGCACAGGAGCAAGACAAACAGAAUGAUGUUGCCAUGGGCUUGGUAGAUCAAAAGAUCAUCGAGAUUGAUGCCAACACAUCCAAGGCUCAAUGGGAAUCUGACACCCUCAAAUUGGCCAAGGACACAUCUAUGGCUGCAAAGUUGCUGCAGAAAGUCUCUUCCAAUGAGCGAACAGAUAGACUUGCCAAGGUCACUGCCAUCAAGGAGCAAAACCAAAUUGGUGCUCAGGUAGUCAGUCAGUUUUCUGCCAAGAACUGCGUCCAUGUGACCCUUGCAACUCCAGAUGCUGAGCAUAAGCUUUCCCAGGAUGCUGUUCCAAGUGCAGCUGAGGGAGCUCGGUCAUUGAGUGAUGUACAAGAAGCAGCCCAGUUGCUCGCGGGCUUGGCAAUGCCAUCCACAGUGUUGGAGGCCCUCCUCAAUGGAGUCACUACUCCAGGGAAUUUGGUUGGUCUGGUCAACCUUACUCCUUAUGACUCCUAUGUUGAGCAAGUCUGUGUCCACUGGCAACGUGAUCAUGGAAGGGCAGCAAUGCAGCUGCGGAGCUUCUCGACCAGUGACCAAACUGAUUCAGUGAUGUUCAGUGAGCGGGUUCUUGCACAGAAACUCUUGCAGGACAAGCUUGAUGAAAGAGAGUGGAAGUCUGGAUCCACCCUCUUUGAGCACUAUCCCAAAAAUUAUGUGACUCCACCUCCGCAAACAAGCUUGGAACUUGGCAACUACCCCAUGCGGCUUGUCCAGGUGAGUUAUGAUCCUUCCAAGAAAGGCUCUGCCCAGCUGACUUUCAGCUUGCCACCAGCAGUUCGUGCUAUGUACAGCAAGGAUGCCAUCCAUGUGGAAGAGUGGAAGACUCUCAUCAAUGACUUUGACGCCAAGUUCAAUGUUGCAGCCACCAUGGUCACGGAGGAGAUCGUACCUGCAGAGCAAACUGUCAUUGAGCCAUGGACCAAUGAGCCAGCAACACUAGAAGAGCUCUUGGAUCAGUAUGUGGUCGAGACAAAGAUUUGCGCAGCAAGUCCUGGAGGUAUGCUAUACUUGGUUCGUGCAGUCAACCGUUCUGGGGAACACGUCAACCUGCUGGAAGGGCAGAAGUAUAAACUCUACUUUGUGGCUCAGAUGUAUCUUACAUCCUUUUGUUCGUUCCAGGUGCCACUGAAAGAAUAA